GCGAGGCACGCCAGCGCAGCUCACUUACGAAUUCCCAGCACGUCCGUAGAAUGGCCCUCCGCUUGCUCACCAAGUCGCUCGCGCCCCGCGCCCGCGCCGCCCGCUUCUUCUCGGCCACUGUCGGCCACGGCGAAUUCCCGGGUGGCCAGACGGUUCCCUACGUCAACAAGAUUCAUGUCGUCGACCCGAAGGACGCCGACGUGAUCCCGGCCUACCGCGUCUUGGACCAGCAAGGCAAGCUUGUGCAGGGUGCAUCGAUCCCGGAAGGCAUUGAUGAAGACCUCGCCGUCGAGAUCUACAAGCACAUGAUUCGCCUCAACAGCAUGGACAACGUCUUUUACGACGCCCAGCGCCAGGGCCGUAUCUCGUUCUACAUGACGGCGUUUGGCGAAGAAGGCACGCUCUUUGGCAGCGCCGCCGCCAUCAAGCCCCGCGACAUGGUGUUUGCCCAGUACCGCGAGGCCGGUGUUCUCAUGUGGCGUGGCUUUACGCUCGACCAGUUUGCCGACCAGCUCUUCAGCAACGAAGGCGACCUCGGCAAGGGCCGCCAGAUGCCCGUGCACUACGGCUCGCGCGAGCUCAACUACCAAACGGUGUCUUCGCCGCUUGCGACGCAGCUGCCCCAGGCGGCCGGUGCGGCGUACGGCUUCAAGCUCGCCAAGGAAGAUCGCAUUGCAGUCUGCUACUUUGGUGAAGGCGCGGCCAGUGAGGGCGACUUCCACGCCGCACUCAACAUUGCGGCGACGCGCGACUGCCCCGUGCUCUACUUUGCCCGCAACAACGGGUACGCGAUCAGCACGCCCGUCAAGGACCAGUUUCGUGGCGACGGUAUCGCGUCGCGCGGUGCCGGCUACGGCAUCCCCGUCAUUCGCGUCGAUGGCAACGACGUCUUUGCAGUCUACGAAGCGACCAAGAAGGCGCGCGAGAUGAUUCUGAGCGAGGGCCGCCCCGUGCUGCUCGAGACCAUGUCGUACCGCCAGGGCCACCACUCGACGUCGGAUGACUCGACGCGGUACCGUGCCGUCUCGGAGAUCAAGCACUGGAAGGACACCAACUGCCCGAUGAACCGUCUCAAGCUUUACCUCCUUGACCAAGGCUGGUGGUCGGAGGAGCGUGACGUGGCUCUCAAGGACGCUGAGCGCUCGAGCGUGCUUGCGGCGCUCACCAAGGCCGAGGCCAAGGGCAUCCCGGCCCUCGACACGAUGUUCGAGGACGUGUAUGCGGAGAAGCCGCGCCACUUGCAGGACCAGGAGGCGGAGAUGCUCGAACACAUCGCCAAGUACCCCGAGCACUACGCGUCGGGCCAUUAGAGUUGUUGCCUGUUUUCGUUCUAUAAUA